AUGUUUUCCGGAGGAGUGAUCAAUUUGCAACGAAUUAUACAACCGACAACAGGGGAAGCAGCAAAUGUUGUUGUACCUCAGUUAGGUCAUCUACUCAAACUCGAUCCGUAUCUUGCACCAUAUGAAGAUGAAAUUCGACGACGUUAUUAUGUCUUUCAAAAGCUCUUGAAGCAAUUGGAAACAGAAGAGCAAGGAAUAGAUAUUUUCACAUCUGCUUAUAAACGUUUUGGUAUCCAGGUUAAUCGACAAACAAAUGAAAUCAAUAUUACUGAAUGGGCACCUGGUGCAAAAGCUAUGUAUAUUCAUGGCGAUUUCAAUAAUUGGCGAGAAAAGCAAUAUCCAUUCACACGAGAUCAAUGGGGUGUGUGGCGAGUAACGAUCCCACCAUUACUGGAUGGAUCAACUACAAUCAAACACGGACAAGCAGUCAAAUUGCUUAUAGAAACACCCGAUGGUCAACUAGUCACUCGUCUAUGUCCAUGGUCUCGCUAUGUACAAAAAGUAGAAAAAGCCAAUGUGUAUCACGGCGUAUACUAUGAUCCACCCGUCGAUCAAAUUUAUCAGUUCAAGUAUUCGCAACCGAAAAAACGCGAUCGAUUGAAAAUCUAUGAAGCACAUGUAGGAAUUAGUUCAUCCGAAGAGACAAUUGCUACAUACGAAAACUUUCGUCUUAAUGUUAUUCCGCGCAUUAUUAAACAAGGUUACAAUACUAUUCAAUUAAUGGCCAUUAUGGAACAUCCCUACUAUGCGAGUUUUGGUUAUCAGGUAACGAGUUUCUAUGCUCCGUCGAGCCGCUAUGGUACCCCAGAAGAACUGAAAGCUCUGAUUGAUGAGGCUCAUAAGCACGGUUUGACAGUUCUGUUGGAUCUGGUGCAUAGUCAUAGCUGCAAAAACGUCGAAGAUGGAUUGAAUAUGUUUGAUGGUACAGCGGGUUGCUUUUUCCAUGAUAAUGCACGUGGCCAUCAUAGUCUGUGGGAUAGUCGAUGUUUCAAUUACAUGGAACGUGAAGUCAUGCGAUUUCUUCUUUCGAAUAUUCGAUAUUGGCUCGAAGAAUUCAAAUUCGAUGGAUUCCGUUUCGAUGGUGUUUCGUCGAUGCUCUAUCAUUCACACGGCAUUAAUCAUAGUUUCUCUGGCACAUAUGAUGAAUAUUUUGGUUUAGCCACUGAUACUGAUUCAUUCAAUUAUCUUCAACUCGCUAAUUAUGUCUCUCAAACACUUUUUCCACAAUCGAUUACAAUUGCAGAAGAAGUCUCCGGCAUGCCGACGUUAUGUCGACCGUUAGCUGAAGGUGGUGCUGGUUUUGAUUACCGAUUAGCAAUGGCUAUACCUGAUGUUUGGAUUAAAUUAUUAAAAGAAAAGAAAGACGAAGAAUGGCAUAUGGGCAAUAUCUCAUGGAUAUUAACAAAUCGCCGGUGGUCAGAAAACAAUAUUGCCUAUGCGGAAAGUCAUGACCAAGCUCUCGUCGGCGAUAAAACCAUUUCACACUGGCUGUUCGACGAUCAAAUCUAUACUCAUAUGUCCAUUUUUGCUGAACGAACAAGUGUAAUAGAACGUGGAUUAGCCUUACAUAAAAUGAUUCGUUUAUUGACAUAUGGAUUAGGUGGAGAAGGUUGGUUAAAUUUCGAAGGUAAUGAAUUCGGUCAUCCCGAAUGGCUGGAUUUUCCUCGAGCAGGAAAUAAUGAAAGUUAUAAAUAUGCUCGUCGUUUAUUUCAUUUAUCGGUUGAUGAAACACUGAGAUAUAAGUAUUUGAACGAGUGGGAUCGAGCUAUGAACAGCUUGGAAGAAGAGUAUCAAUGGUUAUCCGCGAAAGAUAUAUUCAUCAGUCGACGCAUCGAAGCUGAUAAAAUCAUUGUAUUCGAACGUGGUCAACGUGGUUUGUUAUUCAUCUUCAAUUUUCACGAAAGAAAAAGUUUCGAUGACUAUCGCAUUGGAUGUGGACAUAACGGAAAAUAUAAAAUUGUUUUGAGUUCGGAUGCGAAAUCCUUCGAUGGUCCAGAUCGUAUCAACGAGAAACAGAUCUUUUCAGCGGAGAACAUCAUGUGGGACGAACGGCAAUUUUCAUUUCAAAUCACCAUUCCGAAUCGUAUUGUCCUCGUUCUUGCUUUGAUUUGA